CCGAGUCAGUGCAGUAGAAAAUUUCCUGUUUGUCGUUGUGUGAUUUUUCGAGGACACUGGACUGCCAAGAUGAGCAAACAGUUGAUUUUAAGAAUUCAGUCACCAGAACAUGGAACAAAGCGUCUUCAAGUCACAACAUCGGAGAAAAUCAUUGAUUUUGUAGAAAAGGUUUGCAAAGAGUUUGGAGUAUCCAGAGCAGACUGGAGUGUGUAUAAAGGCAGAGACAAAACAGAAGAAUUGAAAGGUUCACGAUCCAGAAGUCUUGUUUCAUAUAAUCUCAAACAUGGGGAUAUGCUUUACCUGUUUCCUACCUGUGGGGCAAGAGUUGAAGGUGAUCAUACCCCGUUUCCUGAGGUCUCCAGCUCCCCAGUGCCUGCUGCUAAUGUCCCUGAUGACAGCAGGCCAGUAUUAGGUAGUGAUGUUGUGGAAGAUGAGGUGGAUCAGCUGCUGGAAAAAAUGGAUGGGAAGAUAUACAGAUCAAAAAAUGAACAGUUAUGUCAUCAUGGUAGCUCAGGGAAGUGUCUUCAUUGUGUUCCGCUAGAGCCAUAUGAUGAGCAGUAUCUAAAACAAGCAGAUCCACCUAUAAAGUUUUUAUCUUUCCAUUCAAAUAUAAGAAGAAUGAAAUCUGGAGUUGACAAAGGAAAAUUUGCAACUUUGGAAAAUUUAAGUUGUAAAAUCAAGCCUGGCUGUAAAGAGCACCCACCCUGGCCUGGUGGUAUCUGUACAAAGUGUCAGCCCAGUGCAGUCACUCUGAGCAGACAGAAAUUCCGGCAUGUUGACUACAUUAUGUUUGAGAACCAUGCCCUGGUAGACAAUUUUUUCAACUAUUGGCGCAGCAGUGGCAACCAAAGAAUUGGCUUUCUGUAUGGGAAAUAUGAACACCAUAAAGACAUUCCUCUAGGAAUUAGAGCUACAGUUUCAGCCAUCUAUGAACCACCACAAGUAAGUGGAAGAGACAGUGUAGAGCUGUUACCAGAUGAGAAAGAGGAACUAGUCAGUAAUAUAGCUGCUCAGCUUGGCUUGCAAAAAGUGGGGUGGAUUUUUACAGAUUUAAUAGCCAAGGACUUGAAGACUGGAACAGUAAAGCAUUACAGAGGAACUGUGGAUACCCAUUUCUUAAGUGCAGAAGAAUGCAUCAUGGCUGCAGAGUUUCAGAAUAAACACCCCAACCCUUGUAAGCUUUCUCCAGAUGGGCAUUUUGGAUCAAAAUUUGUCACUGUUGUAGUAACAGGAGAUGCUUCAGGACAGAUUCAUUUUGAAGGGUACCAGGUGUCAGAUCAAUGCAUGGCCUUGGUGAGAGAUGACUGUUUUAUUCCCACUAAAGAUGCCCCAGAACUGGGAUUUAUCAAGGAAUCGUCAAACAAGCAGUAUGUGCCAGAUGUGUUUUACAAGGAUAAAGAUGAAUACGGCAAUGAAGUGAUGCAGCUUGCCCGUCCUCUUCCAGUAGAGUACCUUCUCAUAGACAUGGCAGCAGCCUUUCCUGUGGAGCAGCAGUAUACUUUCUUUUACAGAGAUGGCAUCAAGCCUUUCCCCAUAGAGAACAGAGCAGAAGUGGGGGAGAUCCAGGAUUUUAAUGCCCUGACCAGCUACAUGCACCAGUUUACAAGGGAAGAUUUUCUCAAUGCUAUGUCAGAUUUCCAUUUGUUAAUUUUCCUGGCUACUUGUGAUAUGCUACCUCUGAAGGACCACAUGAAUAGCUUAUUAGAAGCAGUGAGAAACAAAGAUGAGACAUUAGCACACCACCUAUCCAAAACAGAAGAGUGGGGAACUGUAGAACAGCUGAUGGAAGCAAAUGUCCCAUCUCCAACCCCACUGCCAAGGGAGGGAUCUUUUGUUGGACCAAAUGCUGAACCCCUCCCACCAAUACGUGGAUGGCCCUGUGCACAUUGCACAUUUUUCAACCAGCCAGGCAGGGGAGAGUGUGAAAUGUGCACACUACCAAGAAGUUGAAAUUGUCCCUACGCUAAGUGAUGCCAGACAUUUCGUUACUUCACCUUUUCUCUGGUGGAUGUAAAACUUCGAAGUCAUUUUCAAAUGCUUAAUAUGUAUUUGGGAUGUUUCUGAGAAAACCAUGUUGUAAUAAAAUACAUCUAUCAAUGGAAGGGAUUAUAUUGCCUUUCUGAACCCAGUUUUUAUGCACACUGGAUAGCAUAAUAUCCUAUGGAUACCACUAUCCAUUGGAUAAUUUUUUAUCCUCUGGACAGUUAUACUGCAGAUAACACCCAUUUAUAACCACUGGAUAGUAUCAUCAAAAACAGGAAAAAAGUAUACAAUUAUUGUGAAACAUCACUUUAUUUACAGGAUAACUGUCCAUAGGAUAAUUAUUUCCAAUGGAUUCUUUCCAGUGCUGAUGAAACUGGACCCUGGACGCUACCUAUCUCCUGAGAUUAAAAUCAGUUUUUUUUUUCUUUCAACUUCUUUGGCAUUUAUGCAUCUGCCAAUUUUGUUUUAACUUCAAUUUUGAAAAAAAAGUUUGGUUUGCUUCAAGUUGGUAAGAUGUUUACUGUUAUUUAUUAAGAAAGCAGAGAUAAUCUGCAUGUAUUAAUGCUUUGAUCUGCAAUAAAAGAGAUGGAUAUUG